UAUCUGAGCCAUUUUUUUUAUUACACUUUGUAAAUGUCGGUUCUGGCUGGGUGGGUUUUGUUUUCAUUUUUCAAUGGUUUUUCAAUUAAAACCAAACAAAGAAAUUAUUAAAUAUUAAAUGAAACCUUCAGAUGUAAAAUAGAAUGGCUAAUCAUUAUGAGGUUCCCAAUUGGGCUGGUAAACCACCCGUUGGUUUGCAUUUAGAUGUGUUAAAAGGUGACAAAUUAAUACAGAAAUUGAUGGUUGAUGAGAAGAAAUGUUACUUGUUCGGUCGCAAUCAGCAAAUGAACGAUUUUUGCAUUGAUCAUGCUUCCUGUUCUCGAGUUCACUCAGCCCUAGUGUACCAUAAACAUCUAAAUAGGGCAUUUUUAGUCGAUUUAGGAAGCACCCAUGGAACAUAUAUUGGCAAUAUGCGAUUGGAGAGUAAUAAACCGACUCAACUGCCAAUCGACAGUACAUUUCACUUUGGAGCUUCGACUCGUUACUACAUAAUUAGAGAACGACCUCAAACGGGCAAUCGGACAAUAAUAGAUGAAUUGGAAAAGUCCUCUGAGGACAACGAGGCUGGUGGCUUGCUGGGUUUGCCGGAAACGGAAACAGAGCUCGAUAACCUUACGGAAUUUAACACAGCACACAAUCGUCGUAUAUCGAUGUUGGGAAUCACUGAUGACGAUGUUCACAAGCCAACGAGAAAACGAAAGAAAAAGGGCAUUUCUUUUAACGACGACGAGGAAGUCAUUAAUCCCGAGGACGUGGAUCCUUCAGUUGGCAAAUUUCGCAACCUCAUUCAAACUACAGUCGUACCCAGCAAAAGAAUGCGAAUGGAGGGUGGUUUAAUAUCAUUGUCGGAAGAUAAUCACAACAGCAUGAAGCACUUUCAACCCACUUCCACAACUCCUCAUCUUUACAAUGAUCUUCCCCCCGAACAAUAUUCCUCGAAUAUUUCAAGUAAUCCAUUUACAUCCGGACUGACCUCAUUAACCUCGCGUCUCGGUAUCGCGCUUCCAAAUCCCGCGCCGGAAGUGGAAAUGACACAAAAUCCAAUGCAGACAGAGACGAUUCAGAUGCAGGAGAAUCCGGGGCCAGCCGAAGGUCAAACAUUGGAGCCAAAAAAGAAAAAGUACGCGAAGGAAGCUUGGCCUGGGAAGAAAACUCUGCCGACGCUUCUCGUGUAAUAUUCUUGAAAUUAAUGAUCGAAUUCUAGCCGAAGUUGUGGUGAAUUUCAUCUUUUUAUCCAGCGGACGCAAAAAAAAUCAUAAAAAUUCGAAAAAUGUCCUUGGGUCGUUCCUAGGACGUCCUAUGUCGGCCCAUAAAGAUCUCAAAGAUUUUUUUUAUGCCCGAAAGAUGUUCCGAAGACGUCUUCCCAGUGGACACGAAACCAUGAAAAUUCCAAUAAAGUCCUUGGGUCGUUCCUAGGGCGUCCUAUGUCGGCCCAUAAGCAUCUCAAAGAUUUUUUUAUGCCCGGAAGAUGUUCCGAAGACGUCUUCCCAGUGGACACGAAACCAUGAAAAUUCCAAUAACGUCCUUGGGUCGUUCCUAGGACGUCCUAUGUCGGCCCAAUCAAUUUUUUUUUCAUUUUUUUGCCCAUUGGGUACUUGUACAUAAGACAUUUGAGUAUUGAGGGGGGCGGGGGGGAGUCUGCACUUGUGCCCUACUUUAAGUUGUAGUUUUAUUAGGACUCAAAAAUAUUUUAAAGUUUCUCCGUGUUUAUUGAAUGUCUUAAGUCUGCUUAGAAAUUAAAUAUUCGAUUUAUACAGUUUUAGUCAUUUGCCGGGCAUAAUAUAUUUAUUGGAUUUACAAUUUUUUUUUUGUAUUUUUUUUAAAUAUCGUGCCUAGUUUUUGUCACAGCCUCUGAUGGAAUAAAGCAAAUUUAAUUAUCAACAGAAUUAUUUAUCACAAGAUGGGAAAGCUUAUUUUUGAUGGAUUUAUUAUAUUAGUUAUUAAAUAAGGUGAUAUCUAAUGUCAAAUCCUAUAUUGCGAUUUCUUAUGACGUUUGUGAUUAAUUGUAAAUAAUUAUAAGAUGAAUGGAAAUUUAAUUCAAUUUAGUUGAUAAUGCAUUUGUAGCCUAAUCUAUAAAUAAAUUCUUCUAUCUUCGAAGGAAAAA